CCUGCGAGGACAUUAUUUGACCGAAGGGAACAUGAACAGACCCAUGGCUAGUUAUGAUAUCAUUUCACCAAGGAGCUUCAUGUAGUUCACAGUGUUAUAGUUGUUAUGCUAGAGGGGAAAACAGUUGUUAAACCACCAUCGCUAACCAGCGGAAUUAAAGGCAUCAUGCAAAUUAUGAAAUGUUUCUGCUGUCAGGAUUAUUUAGAUGUGUGCGUUUACAAGUUUCCAUCAGUGUAGCGAUAACGCAGCUACAUUAAGUUUAACAACUGUAUCAAGGAACCUAAUUGUGAUACAUUAACUUCUAUUGACUGGAAAGUACCGAAUGGGACAAAAUGUCUGCAGAGCUCAAGCAAUCAUGUAUAGGAUACCAGGGGAAUCUCGCCAGGAGGUACAAGGAAUUAGAGAAUCUCCUUGUUGAUAACAAAAACAUUGAAGCAGUGAAAGUGAAGACUGAUCAACUUCACAACGUGUUCCAACUUUAUGAAGCCAAGUUUAAGGAGUACAUUGCAUCGAUAAACGAUGAGCCCAGUGAUACUGAGGACGCUCUGCAGCAGUUCAACUCCGCAAAGCAAAACAAAGAGGAGUUUGAUGAAAGGGUGAUGACAUGGAUCAAUGCAGCGAACCUUUCAACUAACCCAGUGGUUCCAGAAGACGAUUGUCGCUCUCUUGGAUCAAGGAGAUCAUCUCGCUCAACCCACAGCAGUGUGAGUUCUAACGUUAGCAUGAGAGCGAAGGAGGCUAGGGCACGGCAGAUAGUAGCAGAGCAGAAAUUGAAACAGCUCGCCGAAAAGAAAGCCUUAGAAGAACAGAGAAAGAAAUUGGAUGAUCGUCUCGCCGAGUUGGACAUUAAAAAUGAAAGGGACAACGCUGCCAUUGAAGCAGAGUACUGGACUCAAGAAGCUGAGGAAGAAGUACAAAGAGAAACAGACUGGAUGGGUCAAGAUGUAGGUAGGAAGCCAAAUAUAUCUAGUAUUAAGGGAAUGGGAUUCACAUUGCCUGAUAUAGAGGCUAAGAAUAUAGGCAUUCAAGGCGUCCUAGAAGAUAACAUUCCUGGGCUAAGCCCCAGUUCUAUAUACCUAUCUAAAGAAAGAAAAGUACGUCAUAAUGAAGAAAAGGGUAAUGAUAUUACUGCCAAUGACGUAGAUUAUUUCCAGGCUGAUCCAAUGAAUAUCAAUCACAAUGCAGCACAGCAGCUGUGUGAUUCAAUGAUGUUAGCAAUAAAUAUGCCCAAACCAGAAUUAGUAUGUUUUGAUGGUGAACAAACGAAGUACUGGAAUUUCAUUCAUGUAUUCGAUGUCAAUGUUGCAUGUAGGAUAAAGGAUGAGAGAACCAAGUUAAUGUACUUAACCCAGUUCUGUGUAGGGAAAGCCAAGGAAGCUAUAGAAUGUUGCGGGCUGAUGAAUCCAAAAGAUGGGUAUAAGCAGGCGCGUAAAAUUCUACAGAAGCAGUUUGGGCAACCACAUAUCAUCACUGAAUCGUUAGUAAGAAAGGUUGUAAAUAGACCUCAAGUAAAGCCAAAUGACAGCAAUGCAUUGUCGGAUCUAGCUCGCGAAAUGCGCAGGUGUCAAAUUACACUAGAGCAAAUGGGGAAUACGGCAGACCUCAAUGCCAGUGAUACACUCAUUAAGAUCCAUCAUAUUCUGCCAACAUAUCUGCAAUACAAAUGGGCGGAGAAGGCAGACUGUCUCCUCGCGGCACAAGAAACACCCAAUUUCGCCCAUAUGAUUGAUAUGAUAGAAAGAGCCGCCCAGAUAUCAAGUAACAUGUACGGUAGGAGCAUCGGGAAACCAGGUAAUGAUUCCUCAAAAACAAGUCAGAAAGGCACCACCAGGAACCCACCAGGACGCAUGGUUACAUCUUUGGCUACUGAGGGCCAGAGUUCACAAGGGGAACAAAUGCGAAAAUGUCCAUGCUGUGAAGGUCAACACCAGCUAGGCACAUGUCCCAAAUUCAAAGAUAAGCCUCGGCGCGAAAGGUUGAGAUUGGUCCGUGAGAAAAGGUUAUGUGAUAAUUGCUUCAAACCUAAUCAUGUGGCGAGAGUUUGCAGAUCGCCGCCAGCCUGCACAAUAGAAGGUUGUACUUGGAAACAUCACAGCCUCUUGCAUUUCACCAAAGAGGAGCCACAAUCUGACAUCCCUACCACUGAUGUCAAUGACUUGGCGGCAACUACCGAUCAGGACCCGUCUGGAACAAACCUUUCCAUGGUUGGGUCAAGAAGAGUUUGUCUCAGAGUCCUUCCUGUAAAGGUGAAGGCAAAUAACAGGAAAGUUGAGACAUGGGCCAUUCUCGACAAUGGAAGUGAUGUCUCUUUAUGUGAUAGAAGUCUAGCAAAAGAGCUAGGACUUAGAGAAAAGGAAACCCAGUUUGCGUUAACAACCAUCAGCCAAGAUAACUGUACAAUGAAAGGUAGUGAGGUGAGCUUUAGUGUGAUGGGAGUAGAAGAGUCAGAUGAAAUAGAGCUAAAUGGUGUCUGGACUGUAGACAAACUUCCAAUCUCAAAGGAAAGCACUCCGAGCCAAGAUGAUAUUUCAAAAUGGGCACAUCUCCGAGGGAUUGCACUUCCACAAGUAGAGCAGGGCCAAGUAAAGCUCUUGAUUGGAGGAGACGCACCCGAAGCAUUCUGGAUUGUUGAAGAACGGCGAGGCAAAAGGAAGGAGCCCUACGCCAUACGGGGUCUCCUAGGUUGGACAUUAAUGGGUCCUACUGAUAGAGUCAAAGACCGCAGAAUGUCGACAUUCAGGACAAGUAUUGUUUCUGAAGAAGACAACCAUCUACAUGAACAGGUGGAACGUUUCUGGAAGAUGGAGUCUGCAGGAUCGUUACUUGAAACUGAUGUUGGGGAGUCUACUGAUGACAAAAAGGCUAGACAAAUGAUGGAAAAUUCCAUCAAGAAAGUCAAUGGCCACUAUCAACUCGACCUGCCAUGGAAGCAUGAGCAGCCAAAUCUUCCCAACAACCGUCGUCUAGCAGAGGUGAGAUUGCGUUAUCUCAAGAAGAAACUAACAAAGGAUGACCUGCUGCUCCAAAUGUACAAAGACACAAUGCAAGGCUAUUUAGAUAAGGGGCAUGCCAGGGAAGUUCCUGCUGCAGAAACCAUGAAAGAGGCCUGCACAGGAGAGGUACAAUCAAGCAAGAAAUGGUACUUGCCUCACCACCCGGUCUUACAUCCACAUAAACCAAAUAAGGUACGCGUAGUAUUCGACUGCGCCGCGAAAUAUCAGGGCAUCUCGCUCAACAGUCAACUACUACAGGGCCCGGACUUCACCAAUAGCCUUGUUGGCGUGUUGACCAGGUUUCGCCAAGGGAAAAUUGCUCUUGUAGCUGACAUAGAAGGGAUGUUCCAUCAGGUCAAGGUUACACCACAGGACUGUGAUGCACUCAGGUUUCUAUGGUGGCCAAAUGGGGACCUGCAGAGAGAACCAAAGGAAUACCAGAUGUUAGUACAUCUAUUUGGUGCAACGUCAUCGCCAAGUUGUGCAGGGUAUGCCCUACGCAAAACAGCCGAGGACAGUCAAUUAAACCAAGAUGAUGAAGCUUUCAGAACAGUCACUGAAAACUUUUACGUUGACGAUUGUCUGAAGGCUGUUGAGACUCAAGAAGAAGCGGUAACUCUUGCCCAUAAAUUGCGCUGCCUCCUUCAGAGUGGAGGAUUCAGACUGACGAAGUGGAUAAGCAAUGACCCUGGUGUAUUGGAGACUAUCCCAGAGUCUGAAAGAGCCAAGUCAGUACUCGACCUUGGGCUCAAUGACCUUCCAACUGAGCGGACUCUGGGAAUUCUAUGGAAUGUCAAGACAGAUAUGUUUGAGUUUAAGGUAGCAGUCAAGGAGAAGCCCCUAACUCGGAGAGGAAUAUUGUCGGUGACGAGUUCUCUGUAUGAUCCGUUAGGAUUUGUCUCACCAUUCGUUCUCACAGCAAAGAUCCUGCUGCAAGACACUUGUGCUCAAGGUCUUGGAUGGGACGAGCCAGUUGGUGGGGCUGAGGAAUCAAGAUGGAGGCAGUGGUUGGAAGAGUUGCCUCAGCUUUCUGACAUCUCAAUCAACAGAUGCUUGAAAUCAAAGUCUGAUAAGGAUAUCAGGAUCUAUGAACUCCAUGUCUUCUGUGAUGCCUCUCAACGAGGGUACGCAGCAGUGACUUAUCUGCGGACAAUAGACACAGCCGGCAAUAUUCAUUGCAGCUUUGUCUUCGGCAAGACCAGGCUUUGUCCUUUGAAGGUUAUGACUAUCCCAAGGCUAGAACUCUCGGCAGCAGUACUAGCAUGUUCGAUAAGUGAGACAGUGAAAAGAGAACUCAGGCUGCCUGUCACAUCAACUACUUUCUGGACGGACUCCACCUCAGUCCUCCAGUAUUUGAGGAAUGAGAGCAGGAGAUUCCACACCUUUGUGGCUAAUAGAAUCUCAAAGAUUCAAGACGUGUCAGAUCCCUCGCAGUGGAGACAUGUGGAUACCAAGUCUAAUCCUGCGGAUGAUGGAUCGAGAGGAGUCCCAGUUAGACAGUUGGGUCGUUGGAUCAAAGGGCCAGAAUUCCUGUUGAACGAAAGAGACACGUGGCCAGUGAACCCAGUUGUGUCACAGGGUAACAUUGAAGAACUCAAGGUUGACCCAGAGGUAAAGAAAUCACAGGUAUAUGUGACGAUGGCCAGCAGUAGUUUGGAUGAGCUCAUGAAAAGAUUCUCUACCUGGACUCGCUUGAAACGAGCAGUAGCUUGGAUUUUGAGAUUUAAGAAUUACAUAAAGUCAAAGGUGACUGGCGAUAUCAUCUCGAGAGGAGACUUGACGGUUGACGAGCUGGAAAGUGCAGAGAGGGAAGUGAUUUGUCGAUUACAGAGACAAUCAUUCCCCUCAGAAUUCCUUACUGGGGCCGGAGAGAGGAUGGUUUCUCUCGAUAAGCUGGAUCCCAUCUUAGUAGAUGGACUCCUACGAGUGGGAGGGCGACUGGAUAGAGCACCUGUAGAGAAUAGUUUGAAACAUCCAUUAAUCUUACCGAGUCAUCAUCAUGUCACUGAGCUGAUAGUCGUAGACCAUCAUCAGAAGGUCGGGCACAGUGGAAUGGGCAUGACAUGGACAUCCCUGAGAGAGCGUUAUUGGAUAAUUAAGGGUGGUGCUACUGUUCGGCGUAUCAUUGGUAAUUGCUUUAAGUGUAAGCGUCGCAAUGCCUCAAGAGGUCAGCAGUUUAUGGCUGAUCUGCCCGAAGUGAGAGUAACGCCAGGUGAGCCCCCUUUCACCAACACUGGUGUAGACUUUUUCGGGCCAUUUCUUACCAAACAUGGUCGUAGUAUGCAGAAAAGGUAUGGAUGUGUGUUCACCUGCCUUGUGACGCGAGCAGUACAUUUGGAAAUGGCAUCCAGCUUGGACACCGACUCAUUCAUUAACACCCUACGUCGUUUCAUUAACCGUCGAGGUCAACCCAAAGUCAUGCUAAGCGACAAUGGGACAAACUUUAAGGGUGGCAAUAAAGAGCUCAAUGAAGCUCUUGCUAGUAUGGACCGCGUCAAGGCCAACAAAUAUUUGACUAUCAGGGGCAUCAAAUGGCACUUCAACCCCCCAAGUGCGAGCCAUAUGGGCGGCGUGUGGGAGAGGAUUAUCAGGUCAGUAAGGAGAAUCUUGACAAGUCUCCUACAGCAACAGACAUUGACCGAUGAAGCAUUGAUGACUCUUUUCAGUGAAGUAGAGGCCAUACUAAAUGCCAGACCACUGGUAAACCUGGGCAUGGAUGCCAGAGAUGAUGAACCCUUGACACCAAAUCACCUUCUUUUGCUCAGGAAGAGUCCGAGCUUACCUCCAGGGAUCUUCAAAAGGGAAGAUUGUCUGCUCAGAAGAAAAUGGAGACAGGUUCAAUACCUAGCGGAUCGCUUCUGGUCAAGAUGGGUCAGGGAAUACUUACCAUUAUUGCAGGAGCGACAGAAGUGGGUAAAGCCUCGAAGGAACUUUGAGACUGAUGACUUAGUCCUUGUUGUGAAUGAAGAUAUGCCUAGAGGUCGGUGGCCUAUUGGCCGGGUAGUUGCAACACACCCAGACAAGCGUGGCCUUGUAAGGCAAGUUGAGGUUAAAGUUGGGUCGAAAUACUAUAAAAGGCCGAUAUCAAAGCUAUGCCUUCUCGAAGCAUCAAAGUAG